GUUCCAGCUCUCUUCCGAUGGCUUUCGUCCAAGUACCCAAAGAUUGUCUCCGCCGUCGUUGAAGAACAGCCGCAGGAGAUAGACGGGCAGGAAAUACCAGUCGAUAUCACCAAACCGAACCCAAAUGGCGAGGAGAUGGAUAACCUGUAUCUGGACAUGAACGGCAUCGUCCACCCGUGUACGCAUCCCGAGGGCAAGCCUCCACCGGCAAAUGAGGGCGAGAUGAUGCUGGAAAUCUUCAAAUAUACAGACAGGGUGGUGAACAUGGUCCGGCCAAGAAAGGUGCUAAUGAUUGCUGUUGGUAUGUCGGGUUUACGGCUGUGGGGAAUCUAGAGGUCUCCCCUCGGACGGCUACAUUAUAUAUGCAUGAUGUGUUCAUAGUCGCCAAGGGGAGUUACAGCCUUUCAUUCUCUUUCCCCACUAGCACCUAUUCGUUCUGCUAUGUGUUUGGUACUAAUGUUGCGUUCGUUUUAGAUGGAGUCGCUCCUCGUGCAAAAAUGAACCAGCAACGCUCCCGUCGAUUCCGUUCUGCGCAAGAUGCAAAGGCUGAAGAUGAGAAGAAAGUGGAAUUUGCAAAGUUGCUCAAGAAACAGAAACGCGGGAAGAAAGAUGUAACAGUUGCUGAAGAGGUGAUUACAAAAACUUGGGAUACCAAUGUCAUCACGCCAGGAACUCCAUUUAUGGAUAUCCUUGCACUUGCACUGCGAUAUUGGGUCGCGUAUAAGUUAAGUACUGACCCUGGUUGGGAAAAGGUUAGUCGAGUCCAUCAUCAUUGAACCUGCUUGGAUGUGUACUAACUUCCCUUAUUAGCUGAAAGUCAUUAUCUCCGAUGCCACAGUUCCAGGGGAGGGAGAACACAAAAUUAUGGAGUUUAUUCGUUCCCAGCGUGCUUGUCCAGAGUAUGAUCCCAAUACUCGGCACGUCAUUUACGGCUUGGUUAGUGACGUAUAUGUCUACACAUAUAGCAUAAGCAGUCGCUGACUAGUUUUUAGGAUGCCGAUUUGAUCAUGUUGGGGCUAGGCACUCAUGAGCCACACUUCCGAGUUUUGCGCGAAGACGUCUUUUUCCAGGAAUCAAAAGCUAGAACUUGCAAACUAUGCGGGCAAGCCGGCCAUGUUGAAGAGGCCUGCACAGGAAAGGCGAAAGAGAAGCGAGGGGAGUUUGAUGAAAAACAAAAGGGAAACCCCUUGAAACCAUUCAUCUGGCUUCAUGUUUCCGUACUUCGUGAAUAUCUGGCUGUAGAAAUGCAGGUCCCUCAACAACCAUUUCCUUUUGAUCUCGAGAGAGCUCUGGAUGACUGGGUAUUCAUGUGUUUCUUCGUUGGUAACGAUUUCUUACCUCACCUUCCGUCGUUGGAGAUUCGUGAGAACGGCAUAGAUACGCUCAUUGCAAUUUGGCGUGAUAAUAUCCCACAGAUGGGUGGCUACCUAACGAAGGAUGGGCGGGUUGAUUUGGCAAAGGCACAGUUAAUUUUACAGGGGCUAGCCAAACAGGAAGACGCAAUCUUCCGCCGUCGGCGACAAACCGAGGAGAGGAGGAAUGCAAAUGCUAAACGACGCCAGGAGGAAGACCGCCAACGCAGGAACAAUAACAAUGAUCAUGCUCGGAAGAAGCGAAGAGGCUCCCGCGGUGCUGAACCAGUCCCAGAUAUUCCACCUCUCGUCGUACCCGGGAAAGGCGAGUUAUCGAGAGCUGAGAGAGAGCUGACACACGCUAUGGUUGUCAAUCGCGGCGCAGUCUACAAGGCUAACAUGGCAAACAAAAGCGCUGCCGCCGCUCUCAAAGCCCAGCUUCUCUCUGGUGGCACAGCAGAAGACGGUGCUGGCGCUACAAAUUCUCAGGAUCCGGCACCUUCAGGGAUGCCCAGCUCAAAACUUGGCAAAAGAAAGUCGGACGUAUUUGAAAACUCAAAUACAGAAGCGGAAGCAGAAGAAGAGGAUGAGGAAGAAGAAGACACGGUUGAGGUUCCAGCAAAGCCUAAAGAAGAUGAGAUGCCCCCGGAUACGGUACGGCUGUGGGAAGAUGGAUAUGCAGACCGGUACUACGAGCAGAAAUUCGGAGUAAACCCCAAAGAUAUCGCUUUCCGCCAUAAGGUAGCUCGGGCAUACGUUGAAGGACUGAGUUGGGUGCUUUUGUAUUAUUUCCAGGGAUGUCCGUCCUGGACGUGGUACUACCCGUACCACUAUGCGCCAUUUGCAGCCGACUUUGUUGACAUUGGCAAAAUGGAUGUGCAAUUUACAAAAGGGACUCCUUUCAAGCCAUUUGAACAGCUGAUGGGUGUCUUGCCUGCAGCGUCGAACCAUGCUAUUCCCGAGGUAUUCCGGGACCUCAUGUCUGAUGAGAACAGCGAGAUCAUCGACUUUUACCCUGAAGAUUUCCCCGUUGACCUGAACGGGAAAAAGUUUGCAUGGCAGGGAGUUGCUCUGUUGCCGUUUAUUGACGAGAAACGCCUGCUGGCAGCCAUGGAUAAGCGAUAUCACCUGUUGUCGGAGGAAGAGCAAGCCCGCAAUGCCAUGGGGAAGGACGUAUUACUAUUGUCAGAAAAACACCCCCUUUACGAAUCUCUAACGGCCAAUUUCUACUCCAAAAAACAAGUGUCGUCGAAGCUCAAAUUGAACAUGCGUAUCAGCGAGGGACUAGGUGGGAAAGUCGAGAAGAACGAAUCAUAUCUACCCCAUAGUUCUCUAUCCCUGGAGGUGGAUGGCGCCGAUAUCCCUGCACUCGAUGAAGAUCGGUCAAUAAGUGUUUACUAUGAAAUGCCCAGGUCUAUGCAUACCCAUAAAUCCAUGCUUCUUCGGGGUGUCAAGUUCAAGGAGCCGACUCUUGACAAGGCGGAUCUAGAAAUCACCAGAAACAAAGCCCGACACUCUGGGCGGUCAUUCGGAGGAGCACCACUCCAUUCUAACCGCGGUGGUAGAGGCAGGGGAGGCGGGAGAGGUGGAGGCCAGAUAUCCUACGCCAGCAACGACCGCCCAAACCCCUUUGCUGCACACGUAGCCCCAGGCUAUAUUCCCCCACCGCACAUGGGUGGAGGGCCACCUGGGUACAAUCCUGCACCCCCAAGUAUGUACAACGGCCCUGAUCGAUACCGGUCCCAGGGAGGGUACCCUAGGGGAGGCGGCGGCGGCGGCGGAUACGGCGGAGGCUACGGCGGCCAUUACCAGCAACCACCUCCACAUAGAUGGGCCCAACACGACGGUCCAGCUUACGGCAACCCUCCUCGCAACCCCUACCAGGACCGCGCUCACUACCAGAGCGGCGGAAGCGGCGGGUACGGGCGUGGCGGAGGAGGAGGAGGACCCUAUGACGGUAGGGGAGGAGGCUACUACGGCUCCAGGGGAUCCGGGCGUGGUCGGGGUCGAGGUGACGGGUAUGGCAGGUAUUAA